AUGCUGCUGAAGCUGCGUAAGGUAUACCCUCAGUUCACUACCAUUCGCCUUCCUCCCUCUACAUGCAAGACACCUGAGUUGAAGGAAAAUGUGAGAAUUGCAGGCUGGACAUACACAGAAGGUGAAUUACACACAGAGUUGAGUGAUGCACAAGAAGCUAUUUGCAGGUAUUAUAUAAUUUUCUCAUCGAACUCCACAGAUGGUACAAAGCCAGAGAAACUGCAGUGUUCAAAAUCAAGAGACCUCCAAGUCAUUGAGUGUAACCCCACAACAGAUGCUGAGAUCAAGAUUCAAAUGCAAUUCUGUGUAGUAGGUCCAGGGACGAUAAACGCCAGCCAUGUAAGAUUGAUUUCAAUUCACACACUUACAAUUCCCUGCCUAGCUACAUAUCAUUUUCUGCCCAAAAAAUAACAGUGGUGACUAAUUUAUCAAAUUACAUUUACAGUAAAAGUCAAUCGACCAACCUUUAUAAGCUGUUAUCAUUACUUUAUCAAAUGAAAAGUUGAUAACUGAAUAAUGUGAUUAGUACUAUAGGCAUACAAGCUAUUGUUUUUACUUCUUAAUGUAGGCCCAUCACAUUAAAUAUAUGUGUUUAUUCUUCUGUACCUCACACAGGGGCACUCUGGAGGAAGUAUGAUUAACAAUGAUGGCCUCCUGUAUGGUGUGACCGUCUGGGGUAGUAAAAAGAGUGUAAAGUUACAAUCACCUUCAUGGAUGUUUGCUAGUACCAAGAAUGGAUAA